AUUCCAGCAGUUUUUGGGUGAAGAAUCGGUUCCCUGAUGCUGGCAUUUCUGUGAAUGAUUCGUUCUGCUGACAGCCAUAUGGUACAAACGGCGCUUCAUUUGGAGAUGCAAAGACUCUGGUGUUUUGUGUUUGACGGAUCUGUGGCUGGGAAUUGUUGCAGCUCCAAGCACUCAUUAUUAGCAGGAUAUUCAGUGAGCCCUGUUCUAUUCUAAACCAUCCAACCUGGUCCAGCUAGGUUUUGUCCUGAGAUGUUGUGGAUCAUACACACACGUGCCAUUCAUUUUGGUGAAGCAAACCUUUAUCUCUUGGCAAACUGAUGCUUUAAAAGAAGACAAAUACACAGGGCAUCUACUGCAUUUAGAGCUCUGCUGAUUUUCCAAGCACAGGAUUAUAUUAGUCUUGCAUAGCCAGUGGAUUCAAAAAAGUACCGUAUCUAGUUUCUGUAAGCAUUUGAGCUGGGGGGUCUUCGAUGGUCUUCUACAAAGAACCGUAACAUCGCCUUCUCAGAAAGAAGAAUUGGUUUCCAAAAUCUGUGAAGCAUGGAACUAAUGUGGAUAAUUGCCCUUCUCUGUCCAGAAGUAAUGAUGGACUUUCUAAUGAAUCCUUACUUGGAAAAAUAACAAUGGAUUCUAAAGUUCUAUAUUCUUUUCUGUUUAGCCAAGGUUUUUGAUCUCUUAAUCAGUAAAUGGGACAGGGCACUUAUCAUUGCGAGCACACCAAGAAGGCGAAGAAAAAUAAUCAUGCAAAUACAGCCCACGAGGGUGCACAGACUGACACCAAAGCUGCUAAAUCUGGAAGGGACAAGGAGAAGAAAAAGCUGCAGAAACCUGACAUCAGUAAAGUAGGCUAUACCGCAAAGCAACCAAACCAGAAAACAACCAGCAAGGAAUCUGAAAAGCCAAAUGUAGCCAAAUUCACCAAGAACAAGGAUAAGACAAAAGUUUCUACAGCAGUGACCAAGAAACCCUCCACAAAAGAGACAAUGCGCUCAGUCAAUGGAGGGCCCGCUCACAUACCUUGCCCAAGUAAAGAAUCUGAAAGAGAAAUAGAGGUUCGUCUGCUGCAGAUGGAGUGCGAUGAGCUAAGAACAAGGCUUGGAUGUCUAAAGGAGGGUCUAAUGGGCCAAAAGCCAAGUGAUAUAGAGCAUUUGCUUAAACAGUCCCAGAAGGAGCUGCUGUGGCUGCAGAGACAACUGUCAUUUAUCUCCAGUGGUGGACCACCCUGCAUCUUAUCCACGAACAAGUUCCGAAAUGAUCUCCAGUGCCUGCCACCAUCUGUGCAACACCGAGCAUACAAUCAGAUCCAUCUCCUAGAGGAAAAAACUCGAUCCAUAAAAGCUGAUGUCUCUUCAGUAUCUCCAGAGAAGGUUCAGUGGAGCUUUCUGGAAGAUGAAUUAAAAGAUGCUUUACAAGACAAGAGUCGCUUAAGUCUUCAGUAUGUCACCCUAUCCCAAAGGGCCUUGCAAUAUGACCAGGUGAAGUUGGACUAUGAGCAGCUUCGAGAAACCCUCACUACAGUCACCAAAGAAAGAGAUUUGGCUGUGAAGGAGAAGUACCAGCUCCAAGCCAAACUGGAGAACCUAGAGCAAGUCCUAAAGCAUAUGCGAGAGGCUGCAGAGCGGCGGCAACAUCUGGAAUUGGAGCAUGAGCAAGCCUUGGCUGUUCUCAAUGCAAAACAGCAGGAGAUUGAGCUUCUACAGAAGGCCCAGGUCGAAGCCAAGAAAGAACAUGAGGGUGCAGUUCAGCUGUUAGAGAACACAUUGGACAGCAUGCAGGCCAAGGUUCGAGAGCUAGAAGAGAAAUGUCGGAUUCAGAGUGAACAAUUCAAUCUCCUUUCCCGAGAGCUGGAAAAGUUUCGUCAGCAAACUGGAAAAAUUGACUUGUUUAGCAGUAACGCUCUGUAUAAUUUUGAUGCACCGAUUUCCCCCAAUAAGACUCUCACCCAUUUAAUAAAUGGAAUAACCACUACUCUUGGAAAAGGAUAUGAAAGUCCCACAGGUAGCCGGUCUUUAAUUUCUGAAUUUAUCCGCCCUCUUCAAAUUACAGGAGAAAAGCCGGAACAACUAUCUGUAAAGCCCAUUUUUCUGUCAAGAUCCCGAUCUGGCAGCUCAAGGCACAGGUUUGAGUCCGAUAUGGAUAAUGAACAGAAUACGAAUACCUCAAAGCAAAGAUACUCUGGGAAAGUACACCUUUGUAUUGCACGUUACAGUUAUAAUCCCUUUGAUGGACCAAAUGAAAACCCAGAGGCAGAACUUCCCCUGGUGGCAGGAAAAUACCUCUAUGUAUAUGGAGAUAUGGAUGAGGAUGGGUUUUAUGAAGGUGAGCUGCUGGAUGGCCAGAGAGGGCUUGUACCUUCAAAUUUUGUGGAUUUUGUACAAAAUGAUGAGUUUCAUGUGUCAAGCACUUUGGCCAGUGAACAGGAAGAGAAUUUUCUCAAUCAUUCUGCCCCUCUUCUUCAAGGGGAACACAAGCUGGAAAUCACACCGCCCAUUCACAUAGAGUCCAGUGUGCUGAACAAUGGCACAGGGACUAUGUAUGUGAACAUUGAUGAGAUUGGAGAAGACAUUGUGCCUUAUCCUCGCAAAAUAACCCUUAUCAAACAACUCGCCAAAAGUGUUAUUGUGGGUUGGGAGCCACCACUAGUGCCACCGGGCUGGGGUACCAUCCACAGUUAUAAUAUCUUGGUGGGAAAAGAAGUCCGCGCAACUUUAAACUUUGGGAGUAGAACCAAAAGUCUUAUUGAGAAACUGGAUCUUGCCACAGUUACUUAUCGCAUUUCGAUCCAGACCGUCACAGAUCGAGGCAACUCAGAUGAACUGCAGUGUACUUUGUUAGUUGGGAAGGAUGUCAUUGUAGCGCCUUCUCAUCUCAAAGUUGACAACAUCACCCCAAUGUCUGCUGAACUCAGCUGGCUCCCAAGCAACAGCAAUUAUAGCCAUGUCAUUUUCCUAAAUGAUGAGGAAUUUGACAUUGUUAAGGCUGCCAGAUAUAAGUAUAAUUUUAUGAACCUAAAGUCAAAUUCAACAUUCAAAGUAAAACUUCUGGCAAAGCCUCACCAGAUGCCAUGGCAGCUUCCUUUGGAACAGAGGGAACGCAAGGAAGCAUAUGCAGAAUUUAUUACUCAACCAUUAGGUCCCCCUGUUCCACCUGAAGAUGUUUCUGUGCAUCCUGGGCCUACAUCAGUUACGCUGCUAGUUACAUGGAGACCACCAGUGCUAUCACCAACAGGCACCUCCAAUGGAGCCAGUGUCACUGGAUUUUCUGUGUAUGCAAGGGGACAAAAGGUGGCGGAAGUGGUGUUCCCUGCUGCAGAAAACAUUGUGGUGGAUCUCUUAAAAUUACUUAAUCUAGAUGCCAAGGAAGUUACAGUAAGAACCUUGUCAACACAAGGGGAAUCCAAUGACUCCCAUAUUGCUUAUAUUCCACCUGAACUACUGGUGCCUCCAACACUUCAACAACACACAAGGACUAUGCCCAAAUGCAAGCCAUUAUCAAGUGCUGGUGUACCAGAUACCAAAGAUGAACAUAUAUGUCCUCACGGGAAAGUGGAUGAAUCUUGGGAACACCAUCAUUCAGUAUCCUCAAUGCAUGGACAUACCUUGGAACCUCCAACAUCAAAUUUUUACAGUUCAGGUCAUGGUAGAAGGUCACCUUCCCCACAAAGAAUUCUACCGCAACCACAAGGUGCACCCAUAUCAAAUACAAUGGCCAAAGCAAUGGCAAGAGAAGCAGCACAACGAGUUGCAGAGAGUAACAGGAAUGAGAAGAGGAACCUGUUCAGUGAACGGAGCAAUGCAAUGCAGUACACUAACUCAGAUGAUGAAGAGGAUGGUUAUGACUCUCCGCACAUUAAAAGAAAAGGGGCUUCUGUAGAUGAGUUUCUAAAAGGCUCAGAGCUUGGGAAACAGCCACACUAUUGUCCCGGUGAUGAAUACCAUACUGAAAGCAGCAGAGGCUCAGAUUUAUCUGACAUCUUGGAAGAAGAUGAAGAGGAGCUUUACUCAGAAAUGCAGCUUGAAGAUGGAGGCAGGAGGCGAAGUGUAACCUCUCAUAACACCCUUAAGUGUUCUAAGACUAAGGCCACAGAACCUGCUUUAACGGAACAGCUGGACAUUUCCCCUCAGCAUCCUCACAGUAAAAAACUGUUCAGUAUUCCUGAAGUUGCAGAAGAAGAAAGUGGAGAACUCUCAGAGCUCUUGCACAGAGGGCAUUCUGUAGGCAAAGCUUAUAGAGCCAGAGGAAAUGUAGCUAGAACAAAUAGGGUGCCAAGGGCUAGUAGUCAAGAUGGGCACCAGAGCCCAUGGCAUUUCUCUAAGUGUAGGUUUAAUGGGGCCGCUCCAUAUUCAGAUGAUUUUACAUGUGAAGGGAGCAAACUUGGACCUCUCUCCAGGAGCCCAGACAGCGGCUUGGAUUGCGGAAGCGAAGAAGAAGAAGCCCGUUACCAUUUCAGAAAAGGCUGCAGCACCAUUGCUACAAAUGCCACACAUGAGCCCCAGCCAAAUAACGUAUGUUCUAGAGACCCAAAGCAAGUGUUGACACGCAGGAAAACCCUCACCAGGCAAAGCAGUGUGGAGGAGGAUUUUGAUGAUGUGAGCUCAGACGUUAUAGAUAACACAAGUGCUUCCAAGUGCCACACUGAAAACCAUGAACUGCCACCAUGUGUCAGGGAAUUUACUAACAGAGACUAUGCAUGCCGGAAAACAGAUGUAUGUAAGAAAAACUGUAGGAAAUCAGUUCUAAGGCCAACUCACAGGGUCACGGAAAAAUCUCUGCUUCUAGGUAAUCACUCUACCUUGGGAAGAACAGAAAGAGGGGAUCGCCCUGUACAGCGGUUCUCACAUGGUAGUACAGUGCCACAAAGACCACGGCCUAUGAUGGUUCCAUCCAUUGAAAUUACAAUGGACAGUAACAGUGAAGGUGGCCGUUCUCGGUCAGGUAGUGAGGGAAAUAUUUCACCUGUAAAAGAAGAAGCUUAUUAUCGCAGCAUUGGAGGACACAGGAAGUGGUCUCCGCACCGUACCAGGGCCUCUGACGAUAGAUACGAUAAUUAUGGCAGCCAUGAGCAGAUUUCAUCUGAAAUGUAUGAGGAAUCAGAAACAGAUGGAGGAAUGGAGGAUUAUCCUGCAAGAAUAUUUGUGGCACUUUUUGACUAUGACCCAAGAACCAUGUCCCCGAAUCCAGAUGCUGCAGAAGAAGAACUUCCCUUUAAGGAGGGCCAAAUAAUUAAGGUUUAUGGUGAUAAAGACUCUGAUGGUUUUUACCGUGGUGAAAGUUGUGGGAGAUCUGGCUAUAUCCCCUGUAACAUGGUCUCUGAAAUUCAAGCUGAUGAUGAGGAAAUGAUGGAUCAGCUUGUCAAACAAGGAUUUCUGCCACUGAAUACUCCUGUGGAAAAAAUUGUCAACUGUGAACGUUUCAAAGAGAGCUCUCGCUCUGUACACCGCAGAUCCAGAAAGUCUAAACGAGAGCGAAACAGGAGAAGUGGGAGGCAGCACUCAGUGUCCACAAGGAGGAUGGUUGCGCUGUAUGACUACGACCCAAGGGAGAGCUCACCUAACGUUGAUGUUGAGGCUGAGAUAACCUUCUGCACAGGAGAUAUCAUUACUGUUUUUGGUGAGAUUGAUGAAGAUGGAUUUUACUAUGGUGAACUAAAUGGACACAAAGGCCUUGUCCCUUCUAACUUUCUGGAAGAAGUGCCUGAUGAUGUUGAAGUUUACCUUUCUGAUGCACCAUCUAGAUACCCUCCAGAUACGCCAAUUCGGACUAAAGUUAAAAGAGUCCCUUCUGAGAACACAAGUACACCCAGAAGAGCACCUUCUCCAACAGUUCAUCUUCAUUCUGUGUCCCCACCAUCUUCUAUGGGCACUGGGAGUCCGAUGAGGAGCAGAGAACGUUCUUCAAAGAAGAAAAAAGGUCUACUCUCGAAAGGGAAAAAACUAUUAAAAAAACUUGGGGCAGUUAAAUGAGUUAUCUGAGCAAUCAUAUGUGUAAGGUCAUUUAUAUCCUUGCAGUUUUAAAUUGCAACAUAUAACGGGAGAACUCUAAAAUCCUCAAUUUGGCUUAAAAUAACUCGGAAAGAUGGCUUUAUGUGUGAUAUUGUCCCUUAUAGGAGUAACAACCUAAAGUACAAAAACAAUGGCUGGCCCAAUACUGAAGCUACUAGUUUAUAUGCAGCCUUGAUGUUUUUGCCUUACUUGAUGCACAAUGAUUUGUAAUGUUCUAUAGAUGUACAGAUUAUAUUCUUUGUAGGUUAUGUGUGCAUCCAGUCGUAUUCUAAUUGUAUUAUUUGUGAUUGAAGAGGUCACGGACCACUUGAACCUUUACAGAAAUGGGAAAAUCCAGAAUAUAUUCUCUGAUUUUCAUGUAUAGUCCAGUCAGCCCUUGUCUGUUGUUAUGAAUGAUCUGCAGUCAUGAACUGAUAUUCUUCACAGCCAACAAAAUCACUUUACAUUAAUAACAAUAAUUAGUACAACCUAAUUUGAUGCUACCACAUAUACAUUUCAGAUUGGCAUCCUUGGCUGUAUCAUCACUGCAAAAAUUCCUGUUACUAUUUUAUAAGUACAGUCCAUUUGUAAGUUGUUUUUACUCUUUAUACAUGAUUUUCAGACUGCCUUGUUUUGUAAGAUGAAGGUUUACAACUAAACGCUCCCCUCAUAGUGUAUUCAAGUGUACAUAUAUUGUGCUAGAGUUAUAAAAUUCAAUCAAAUAUUGGCCUAAAUGUGAUUAAAGUGUUGUGUGGGCGUGUGCAUGUGUACAUUUGAUGUGUAAAUUAUUUUAUAUAAAUAAAAUUUGAUAUUUUGCACAAA